AUGGCUUCGGGAUACGGUACCUCUGGUGGCCCGUCGCGGUGCUUUCCCUUCUGGCAGGAGCUUCUCGCCUGCUACGUCGUCAACUCGGGAGAAGGAGAAAAUGGAAAGUUGAAGUGCGUGCCGGUAAUGGAGGACUACUACGAGUGCCUACACCACAAAAAGGAGGUGCGUCAAGGACACCCAACACCGGACUCCGGACUCUGGAGAGAGUUGAUCAGAGUUUGA